GGGGUGCUUGGGGGGGAAUGACACCCACUGGAGUGAAGGAGGAGGGCAGAGAGCGGAGACGUAAGGAGGAGAAAAAAUCUAGUAAACCUGACAAAGCGUCUGAGGAACCGAGCGAGGAGUGAAGGCAGGAGAGCAGAAAGAGACGACAAAGACGCUCCACUCAGCGCGGGGACGCACACUGAUGGAUUUUAGGACUUUUUGCAUCGGAAAACUUUCCUCCUGUGCCAUUUAGACCUCACUCAGCGUCCUAAGAAGCUGCAAACUUUCUCUUUGGCUGUCAGCUCGGAGCGCUGGGUAUGCUCUGCGCCCUGGAACAAACUUGGUGACGGGGAGGAAAGUUUCGGGGGGACAGCGGUGCGGUUUUCUCAGCUCGUUUUGGAGGAUAACGCGUAAAAAGUCGGAUUUCUCUGCAUGGCAUCGGACCACGCUGCCUGUCGGGCUUGGAUUAUAUCCUGUGAUGGGAUUUUCUGCCGGUGAUUGUGGAAUAACUGAGUGAAAAAGAAGGCAGCGCCUCGCAGAUUUUCUUUUUUUUUUCUUUUUUUUUUGCUGCAUUGUGGAGUUGGAGACAUUCCUCCCUGUGGAUUCAGCUCAUGCUCUCUCCUCCCUUCUCCGUGCAUGCCAAAACAGAGAUCUCCACGAUUCACAGUCCUCCCUGCCCAGGUGAUUGGGUGAAUUCUGCUGAGUGACAGGCCGGCCCGGCAGCAGUUGAUGGUUGGGCGGACCCCCUCAGAUGGGAUCAGUGUCCAGGGGGAGGAGAAGAAAGGGGGUAUGGGGAGCGCUGGCCCCCACUAACGGGAUGGCCUCGUGGGCCUGGCUGCUGGCCGCCGUCCUGCUGUCUCUGCUGACCGUCAGCGUGGCCCGGCCCCCCCUCACCGCCACCAAGGAGGAGGAGGCCACUCUGCAACCUGAAGACGCAUCCAACAAAUACCAAAUAUCUAAGCCCACGGUGUGUUCAUUGCACCCGGGGGAGGUGCUGAAGCUGAGCUGCCCUCUGCCACCUACGGGGACCAUCACCUGGACCAAAGACGGCAGCUCUCUGGGCACCAACAACCGCACGCUGAUAGAGCAGGAGCUGCUGCAGAUCCGUGAUGCCACGCCCAAGGACUCGGGCCUGUACACCUGCACCAGUGUGGGCAAAGACACGGUGUGCUUCAUAGUGAAUGUCACAGAUGCCAUCUCGUCGGGGGAUGACGAGGACGAUACAGAGCGGUCGGAGGACACGGGGGCGGACGGAGAGCAGAUAAGUGCUCCCUAUUGGACGUCCUCGGCGAAGAUGGAGAAGAAGUUGCACGCGGUGCCGGCUGCGAACACGGUGAAGUUCCGCUGUGCUGCAGGAGGAAACCCCCGACCCAGACUACGCUGGCUGAAAAACAGCCGACCGUUCCGCCAGGAGGACCGCAUGGGAGGGUACAAGGUACGCAGCCAGCACUGGACCCUGAUCAUGGAGAGCGUGGUGCCGUCUGAUAAGGGCAACUACACCUGUCUGGUGGAGAACGAGUUUGGAGCCAUCAACCACACGUACACACUAGACGUAGUGGAGCGCUCUCCUCACCGGCCCAUCCUGCAGGCCGGCCUCCCCGCCAACACCAGCGUGCACGUCGGCGAGGACGCCCGCUUCGUCUGCAAAGUGUACAGCGACGCACAACCUCACAUCCAGUGGCUGAAACACAUCACUCAGAACGGCAGCCGCUACGGCCCCGAUGGACACCCCUAUGUCCGAGUCUUAAAGACUGCAGGUGUUAACACUACAGAUAAGGAGAUAGAAGUUCUCUACUUGCCCAAUGUAACUUUUGAGGAUGCUGGGGAGUAUACGUGCUUGGCGGGUAAUUCUAUUGGGAUCUCCUUUCACACUGCUUGGUUGACGGUGCUUCCAGCUCUGGAGAAACCCCUGGGCCCGCUCUCUCCAGACUACGUGGAGAUUGCGAUUUACUGCGCGGGCGUCUUCCUCAUCGCCUGCAUGGUCGGCAUCGUGGUCGUGUGUCGCAUGAGGAACACGGCGAAGAAACCUGACUUUGGGGGCCAACCGGCAGUCCACAAGCUGAGCAAACAGAUCCCACUGCGCCGCCAGGUAACAGUGUCGGCGGACUCGAGCUCGUCCAUGAACUCUAGCACGCCGCUGGUACGCAUCACGACGCGGCGGAGCUCUGCGCACGACGACCCAAUCCCGGAGUACGACCUUCCAGAGGAUCCACGCUGGGAGUUCUCUCGAGACAGGUUGACUCUGGGUAAACCUCUGGGUGAGGGCUGCUUCGGGCAGGUAGUGAUGGCGGAGGCUCUGGGCAUCGAUAAGGACAAACCCAAGGAGGCUGUGACCGUCGCCGUCAAGAUGCUGAAAGACGACGCCACGGAGAAGGACCUUUCUGACCUGGUGUCAGAGAUGGAGAUGAUGAAGAUGAUCGGAAAACACAAGAACAUCAUCAAUCUGCUGGGGGCGUGCACGCAAGAAGGACCGCUCUAUGUGAUCGUGGAGUACGCCUCCAAAGGAAACCUGAGGGAGUACCUGCGCGCCCGCCGGCCGCCCGGCAUGGAGUACUCGUACGACAUCGCCCGAGUGUCUGACGAACAGCUGACCUUCAAAGACCUGGUGUCCUGCACCUAUCAGGUGGCCCGAGGGAUGGAGUACUUAGCGUCCCAGAAGUGCAUUCACAGAGACCUGGCGGCCCGGAACGUUCUGGUCACAGAGAGCAACGUGAUGAAGAUCGCUGACUUCGGCCUGGCCAGAGACGUCCACAACAUCGACUACUACAAGAAGACGACCAAUGGUCGACUCCCGGUGAAAUGGAUGGCUCCAGAGGCUCUGUUCGAUCGGGUCUACACACACCAGAGUGACGUCUGGUCGUUUGGGGUGCUGAUGUGGGAGAUCUUCACCCUGGGGGGGUCCCCGUACCCCGGCAUUCCUGUUGAGGAGCUCUUCAAGCUGCUCAAAGAGGGACAUCGUAUGGACAAGCCUGGCAACUGCACCAACGAGCUGUACAUGAUGAUGAAGGACUGCUGGCACGCCAUCUCGUCCCAUAGACCCACCUUCAAGCAGCUCGUCGAGGACCUGGAUCGGAUCCUCACCCUCAACACCAACGAGGAGUACCUGGACCUGUGCGCCCCGGCAGAGCAGUAUUCCCCCAGCUUCCCCGACACCCGCAGCUCCUGCUCCUCCGGCGACGACUCAGUGUUUUCCCACGACCCGUUACCGGACGAGCCCUGCCUCCCCAAGUACCAGCACAUCAACGGGAACGUCAAAACAUGAGGCCACACCCCUCUUUUUCCCCCAACCCCAGCUCCUCCUGCCCCAGGGUUACCCCCAUAACACACAGCACAGAAUCCCUCUCCUCCUGCCUCCCCCAUCACCCCCCUCUGGCUCCUGGUGGACUAAUGGACCUGAAGUGGGGGCUGGGCCGGUGGCAGCGCUGCUGUCGCACACUCUCACUGCCACACACACACACACACACACACACACACACACACUCACCUGAGGUCUUAAAGGAGAGGACAGGGACCAUGUUUGUACUCCUCCUCCUCUUCAGCAGACGUUUUCAUGUUUGUACUCGGAGGUUUUGUUUCACAAUCGGCGACUUGUUUGGCGGUCUCAUUCCAGCGGCUGGCAUUCCAAGACUGUUUUCCUGCUCCUGGAGGAAUGUAUGGACCUACGUGAACUGCUAAAAAAACGAGGGAUCAGAAGAGAAGGAAAACGGACAGAGAGACUAAAGUGGAACUAACAAAGAGAGGAGAGGAAGGAGAGCUCAUAUAGAAACGUGUCUCCUCUUUUAUUUUGUCAUAUUGAUGCAUUUCUUUUUCUGUCUCUUGAUUCGACGAUUAUCGUGGAGAGAAAUAAAUACACAGUCAAAUGUAUAGCGCUGGGUAUAUUUGUAAAUAUAUUCAAAAAUGUAUAAAUAUAUAUAUUAUAUAUUUACAAUGAAUUAUUUUUUGUAUGGAAAUAACCCCGCCCUCUUACAGGCAGGUACGCUAACAGGUUGUGUCCUAGAUUUCUCUGCACACACACACACACACACACACACACACACACACACACACA